GCACAUAGUCUUCGAUCCUAAGAAAAAUUGCAAAAAGAUUACAGAAGUACUACUUUUUUUUCUUUUGAAAGAGAGAGAGAGAAAAAGGAAACUGGUGAGAUAAAAACCAAACCAUUCUCGAGGAGGAUUGCCCGUUUUUAGGAACAUCAAAUUUCCCCUGUUUUUCUCUCCCAAUUCUGUCUUUUUCUUUUUGGAGGAGUCUUAAAAAAUUCAUAAUCUUUUUCUUUCUCUCCUCUUUCCUCCGCUUAUUUAUGAUCACGACUUUUGAUGUGUAUGCAAUCGCGGAGGAGGAAUGAAGAGCCAUUUCUAGAGAGAGAGAGUGAGAGAGAGUUGAUCAUUGUUAUUGUUAUACUUGCUCAAAGGGUUAGAUGCUUUUUUGGUCCUCUCUCUCCGCUUUUGCUGUUUUUUCCAGCAAGCAUCGUUAAACAUGUUGAGAGUCCGAUGGUUGUUCCUAGGGCUCGAUUUGAGGGCGUUGCUCUUCCUAUGUUUAGUCAUUCCCUCCGGCAUAGUAGGCAUAUACCUCCACGGCCAGAAGAUAACCUAUUUCCUCCGGCCAUUGUGGGAGUCCCCUCCGAAGCCCUUCAUAACGCUAACUCAUUACUACCAUGAGAAUGUUUCCAUGGAGACUCUCUGCAGGCUUCACGGGUGGGGGGUCCGGGACUUCCCUAGGCGUGUCUAUGAUGCUGUCCUCUUCAGCAACGAGGUCGACAUGCUCAAGAUCCGGUGGAACGAGAUGUAUCCUUACAUCUCGCAGUUUGUGCUGCUUGAGGCCAACUCCACCUUCACUGCCCUCCCAAAGCCCCUCAACUUUGCCUUAAACAGAGACAAGUUCAAAUUCGUUGAGCCUAGGCUGACCUAUGGAAUGAUUGGUGGGCGGUUCAGGAAAGGCGAGAACCCCUUCGUUGAGGAGGCGUACCAGAGGCUGGCCCUCGACCAGCUGCUGAGAAUCGCAGGGAUAGAAGACGAUGACCUCCUUGUCAUGUCGGAUGUUGAUGAGAUCCCUAGCCGGCACACCAUUGAUCUACUGAGAUGGUGUGAUGACAUCCCUCCGGUUCUUCACCUCCAGUUGAAGAACUACCUCUACUCGUUUGAGUUCUUGUAUGAUCUCCGAAGCUGGAGGGCCUCGGUCCAUAGGUACCAAAGGGGGAAGACGAGGUAUGCUCAUUACCGCCAGACGGAUUACCUCUUGGCGGACUCUGGCUGGCAUUGUAGCUUCUGCUUUCGUUACAUAAGUGAUUUCAUCUUCAAGAUGAAGGCGUAUAGCCACACGGAUCGAGUGAGAUUCUCUCACUACUUGAGCCCGAAGAGGAUUCAAGAAGUGAUCUGCAAAGGGGCUGAUUUGUAUGAUAUGAUACCGGAGGAGUACACGUUUAGAGACAUCAUUGGGAAGAUGGGCCCGAUUCCUCACUCUCACUCAGCUGUCCAUCUGCCCUCGUUCCUGCUGGAGAAUGCGGAUGAAUACAAGUACCUUCUACCCGGGAACUGCAUCAGGGAGAGUGGCUGAGGGUGGUGAGCUUCGAUUCUUGCUAUGAUUAGGCAACGGGGCAAGGGAGACUAGUGUACGUAGGUGAUCUUUAUACGAGAGCUAGAUACAUUCGGUUUUUGGUUCGAUUUGAAAGAUGCGCUCUCUCUGUCUCGCUUUGCUCGCUUUGGAUUGUGUUUUGGUUGGUUUCUGGCUGUGGAACAAUGUGUAUGUUCAUUUGAUUUUUUGCAGUUUUUGAUGCUUAUUUUGUAGAGUAUUUAUCAAUGUAUGCUCUUUGUUGCA